AUGUCAUCCAACAAAAAGUACACCGCACCAUUAGCUCGAGAUACGCCACCCCCACGAACUGUGAACUUCAAUGAAUUGAGUGGUGGCAAGGAAGGGGCGCGUGUCUCCCUAAGUGUGGAAGAGCUCGCAUUAUUGGAUGAAAUUAAACGUCGCGGAAGAGCCAGUUCUUCCACCGGCGUGCGAACAGGGAAGAUCAGUGUUUCGGAAUUAAUGGGAUGUGGCGAUAAAAACGCUGAUAAGAAGAAACGAAAAAAAGAUCGAAGCGGGUCGGUAAUGACUACUGAGUGCAAUAAUGACUAUCAUAACCGUGCGCCGUCAAUGAUUGAAACAUCAAGUCACGGAAUAUCGGUCGAUCCUGCCACUCUUCUUGAUGUUGCGGGAUGGAAGAUUCCUCCACUACCACCAGGACUUGUCUCAAUAACUCACGAAGCAGAUCGUCGUCCAUAUCCAUCACCUCUUCCCACAUGUAUAUUUGAAAAGGCGAUGAAAGCAGCUGCAAUUGUUCACACCGGUUCACAACUGCCACCUUUAUCUGCCGGACAUAAUUCUGCUGGCGGCAAUAACGGAGUAGCAGCACACAGAAAUACGAUUCACUUACCACCAUUGGAAUUGAUUCGGUUAUUGCCACCACUUUCCCCAAUGUAUCCAUUGAUUUCAAGCGAGACGCAACGAGCGGCAACACCGGCGUCAUCGGGACAUGGUAUCUUUGUCCAUGGUUUGGGUCCUCAAAGACAAGGUAAUAGUUAUGUCAAUGUGGACGGAUUAAAUGUGGAAGAACCUGUUGAAAGAAAAGAGAAAUUUUAUUACUCUACGCGUUUGCUCCCAUUGCUACAUAUUGUGGUGAUGGCGAAUGCGGCAACCAAAUAUACACAAUCAUUGCGUAAUAGUAAUAAAAAUAGUAAUUUUGGGGCCGCAGGACAUCAUCAAUAUCUCAGCAGUAUACAUGGCGUACGAGGUAAUGUUCCGCAGGGUAAUGGAAAUAAUCAGCAGCGAAGUAUUCAGCAGAAUCAGAAAACUCGUAAACCCUUUUUUAUGCCUUACAUGAGCUUAGAUGCGGUGAAUCGUGGACUAGCCAAUGGAGAUCUCAUCAAGGGUGUUUUGCGUGUUAAUCAACGUAACUAUGAAGAAUCAUUUGUGGACAAUCCUAUGGGUGACGAACAACAGGAUAUUUUGAUUCUUGGUGUCCAUGACCGUAAUCGCGCACUUCAUAGUGAUGUUGUCGUUGUUCGCAUUAAGGACAGGAACUGUUGGGUUGUUCGUGAUGCACUGUAUGAAGCAUGGCGUGGUGGAAAUCUAAAAGCUCGUGUCGAUGACAAUGGCCAGCCAUUGACUAUUCCACCGAUCAAGCGCAGCGAUUACGAAAUAGAACUGUCACCAGCUGAACUUCUUGAUUUGCCCACAUGCGUUGAUAAAUGUAUUUCGAGUGAAAAGUUGAAAGAAGAUGUGCCCGUUACAAGGAAUCGACGAUACAGCCGCGAACAAAUGCUGUGUAUUGCUGCGAAGCUUGAAUUGGAACGUCGUAAACGAGUUGUAGAUGACGAUGGUGGUAUUGACCCGGCUAUUCUGAACACUAUAUCCAGGCUCGCCAUUAUAAAACGAACUGAUUCACCAAUAGGUUUUUCGCAGUCUGGAACAUCGGCAUGUGGUACUUCCGCCUCAAGUUUGGGAGCAGGUACAAUAACGACACGACGUAAUGGAACUGGUACAAGUGGAUCUGUACAGCGACGAUCAAAUUACCGAAUUUUAUCGGAUAUGCCGGAUGAAGACUGGGGGAUUCCUGACAUGUGCCUUCAAAAAACCGCCGAGGUGGUUUACAUCAGUGAGCAGAAAAAUUGUCGAGCCGCAGUAGGCAUGUUAAAAAUGAUGGCUGAUGGGAAUCGUAAUUGGGCACUUUUCUCGCCGGGUGAUUCACGGAUGCCACGGAUGAUGAUACCAGCGGAGCAAACGCCCGCUACUUUUUUUGACCGUCCACAAGAUUUCGCGAAGUUUAUUUAUGUGGCACGAAUGGUAGAGUGGCAAGCAACAGCGCAGUUUGCACGAGGGAAAUUAUACAAGAGCCUCGGUAUGGCGGGCGACGUAGAAGCAGAAACAGAAGGCCUAUUGCUAGCGAAUGAUGUUGAUACCCGAGAGUUUUCACAAGCUGCGCUUUCGUCACUUCCAAUUACCGAAGCAGUGGAAUGGAAAAUUGAUGAAAAAGAGUUCAAGUAUCGAAAGGAUUUCCGAGAUGAAACUGUGUUCACAAUUGAUCCAAGUGCGGCGCGAGAUUUGGACGAUGCUCUUCACAUAAAGCCGAUUUCAAACUGUGAUGGAGCUGGUAAUCCUGGGUGGGAGAUUGGUGUUCACAUAGCUGAUGUCUCACAUUUCGUGCAAUUCGGCACCGAACUUGAUCAUUGGGCUUUUAGCCGUGGCACAUCGGUUUAUCUUGUUCAUAAAGUAAUUCCAAUGCUGCCACAAAUACUUUGUGAAGAAUUAUGCUCCUUAAAUCCCGGUGUUGAUCGGCUGACGUUUUCGGUGGUCUGGAAGAUCAAUGAUCAAGGAAAAAUAUUUGAUGAAUGGUUUGGGCGUACAAUUAUUCGGUCUUGUUGCAAAUUGUCGUAUGAAUAUGUGCAGGAUUUCAUCAUUCAUCCAAAAAAAGAUUUCGUUCCAUCCGAGUUGCCAAAUAUUUUCAAUGGCAAAAAGUCGGAUGAAGUGAAAGAAGCAGUACUUCGCUUGCAUAAGAUUGCACUUAUCCUAAGAAAAAAACGAUUUGAAAAUGGAUCUCUUUACCUUGAUAUGCCCAAACUGAGAUUCGCACUUGAUGAAACCUCGGGAAUGCCAAAUGGUCUUUGUCUUGACGAACGAAAGGAAGCCAAUUUUCUUGUGGAAGAAUUCAUGCUAUUGGCAAAUAUAGCUGUAGCUCGGAAAAUUGAGUCAGCAUUUCCGAAGACUGCACUUUUACGACGACAUCCACCUCCAAAAAUUAAAAUGCUACGGGAUAUUUUGGAGAAGUGUGAAAAGGUCGGCUUUGUAAUAAAUGGUUCCUCAAGUGCGACCAUUUCUUCGAGCUUGCAGAAGUAUGAGAGAGACAGUGAAUUGAAAGGGACCGCCGUUCAGAUGCUGACCCAUUUACUGAUGAAAUCAAUGCAAUUGGCAUUAUAUUUUUGCGUUGGUUCUUUGAAAAACCGAGCUGAUUAUGCACAUUACGCUCUCUCAGUGCCAUUUUAUACUCAUUUCACCUCACCGAUACGUCGAUAUCCUGAUAUUAUGGUGCAUCGUUUUUUGUCAGCAGCACUCGGUUACUCUCCAGCUCCAGGCUUGACUGUGAAAGAGAUCGAAACUAUAGCAAGUCAUUGCAAUGACAGAAAACUAACUGCAAAAACAGUCUCGGAAGCAAGUGAUGAUAUGUUCUUUGGUGUUUUCAUUAAGGAAUGUGGGCCACUAACGGAACGUGCUGUAGUAAUGCAAGUACUCGAUGCUUCUUUCGAUGUUCUAGUCGUAAAGUACGGUGUUGUAAAGCGCGUUUAUACAAGUCGUCUACGAUUGGCACGAGAGCCACGCUUCAUUGAAGGUCCCUGUCCAUCGCUUCUUCUUUACUGGGAUUCCACCAGUGAUGGUUCAAAUGCUGCGAUCGAGCAAGUUAUUUCGAUGUGUACUGUUGUCGAGGUAGUCCUUUCCGCACUUCCAGAACCAACGAAAUAUCAGGCAGUGCUAAAGCAGCCAAUUAAUAGUGAAAUGUUGCCCUUGGCGGAACCUGUCGCUUUGUUAAGCUAA